AUGUGGUGGGAGGGGGGGCGGUUCAGCUGGGGGGCCAAGGAGGGACGCGCCGGGAUCGUGGUGGUGUUCGUGUGGCCUUCGAGCCUGGAGAGGCAGCUCGAGCCCUUCAUCCAGCUCUACUCGUCCUUCGGAUGGCGAUCUCUCAUCUGUCAUGCCGAUUUCUUCACGCUAUAUUUUCCAGAGAAGGCUACAUCACUGGCUGAUGGUGUUCUUAAAGAGCUUGUUCAGGAACUAAAUGUUUCACCAUUACCUAUUGUCUUUUCGGCUUUUUCCGGGGCACCAAGAGGUUGCAUGUACAAGGUCCUUCAGUUGAUUGACGGAAAAUGUGAAGGGAGACUUAGUGUGGAUAAUUAUCAGCUUGUAAAAGACUGUUUAUGUGGGCAAAUAUAUGAUUCUAGUCCAGUAGACUUUACCGGUGAUUUGGGCACUCGAUUUAUCCUUCAUCCGACUGUUCUCAAGAGGUCCCACCCACCUAGAGUUGUUUCAUGGAUGGCAAAGGCCUUAGCAUCUGGUCUCAGCACUUUCUUCAUAGACAGAUUUGAAGGACAGCAUGCUGACUAUUUGCAGACUCUGUAUUCUUCUGCUAAUGUGGGUCCUUUCCUCAUAUUUUGUUCAGAAGAUGAUGAACUCGCUCCAUAUCCAGUUGUCUGUAAUUUUGCUCAUCAUCUAGAGGAGCUAGGAGGUGAUGUCAAGCUAAUAAAAUGGAAUAGCUCCCCUCAUGUAGACUUGUUUCCUCCUGCAGGCCAUCACAAGCAUCAUGCCGCUGACUACAAGACUGCUGUGUCUGAGUUAUUGAGCAAAGCAGCUACAAUCUACUCAGAAAGAAGGCGACAAUUCCAUGUACAACAAGGGGGCCAAAGGGGAGUAACAAAUGAUCCAUGUGAUCAUUUCUUACUGCCAAGCUCCAUGGAGUACCAUGACACCAGAGAUGGAUGCUCCACUCAGGAUGAGCAAAAGUGUGAGAUAUUUCACUUGCCGAACGCACCGAGCAUCAAUGCUCAUAGCGUCCUAGCUCAGAUUCUUUUUGAUGGAUACGUUCCUAAGAAUGUAGAAGGCUGGGACAUAAAGCCCAACUCAUCCUUAACCGGGAGGCAAACACUCCCUUCUGGUCAUCGGCAUGCACGAUUCAGUCCGAUGAAACACACAAGACGAUCCAGAUUGUAAGAUUUCGACCCAAGAGGCAGAGACCUUCUGUAAAGAAUUAAUAGACGACUGUAAUCUCUUGUAUACGGCAGCUCAAGUGAUGUACAUAACAAUGUUCACCGUUUCCUUUUUGUCGUAUAUUUGCUAGUUAAAUUAUGUUGGUGAAACAGAGAUCUAGGUCAUUUUUGUAUUCGGCAGACAUGUCGCUUGAAUGAUCCUACGACAACGGUUUACAGCGAGUCUAUUAUCAUCCCAAUAAAUUUUAUGUUGUGUGGCC